GCCACUUGGGUAAAGUGGUCCGUUGUCGUGGUUCCCUGGCUCUUGUCAUUGCGAAGCGGUGUCGCUGCAUCCGUGCAUUAUCACAAGUUGUUUGGUUGUCGCCUCGUGCAGCCAACGGACUUGUCUUUUUCUACCAUACGGUCUAAGGCAUUGAUUGACUGACUGACUGACGGCCUUACUGUCCGCUUCAUUCCAUCGUUGCCUCCUUUCUAGUGCGCCCUACGCUGCCCCUCCUUUCUUCCUCUCUCCCCCUCCCCAUCCCUUUAUGAGGGCGCGAUCGACCCUCGACAGACCUAGGAAAGUACUCCCCUCUCUCCUUCUGGAGUGUCUCAGAAACCCGAACUCCCUCAGUCACCCGCAACCAACAAAAUGAAAUCAGCAACCGCCAUAAAAUCACCCAAUGGUCAUGGGAGUGUGUACAAGGAGGUGCGCUUCUCUCCUACUCCUACCCCCGUCCGCCGUACGCAAUCGGUGCCGAAUGCGCAUCCCGCCUUGAGUGUACAAGGUGCCGCCGGCGUUACCUACUCGAGUUUGAGUGCCAGUUAUCUCGACCAGGCGCGAUCGCUCCUGGACCGUCAGCGCGCCAGCUUCGAGAAUGAAAAAAAGAUGUUUGAAGAGGAGCGACAAUUGUGGGAAAAAGAACGGGCGCUGUUGAAGUCGAGGAUAUCUGAACUAGAAGCGCUGCUAAAAGGGCGAGGCUCCACCGCGUCGGCGACCGUGCCGACCGGCGCUUUUGCAUCAUCGAACUCUUUCUUUGCCAUCAAUGCCCCGUACGGUCGCUCACUCUCAGUAAGUUUUGCCGACCAAAUCCACGCAAGUGCGCAGGUGUGGGAGGGAUCUAGCCCUGGCAGCCGGCCCACAAGGGUAUUUCCUGACGCGGAGAAGACGGACAUCCACACUUUAUCGUCGAUCCCGGAGCAAGGAGCGCAAUAUGUCUCUGCGCCAUCUUUAGACGCUGCUCUUUCACCCAAAUCGCAUGCAGUAGAUCCCUUCACGGGCGCCAGUAUUCCUGUACCGAUUGAGAAGCUGGACAGCAAGCUCGACGGGAUCACGCUCAAGUCAUCCGCCCUGCCCCCCGAAGUCGUCGCCCGCGUGAUCACACCACCGUCGCCGCCGUCGCUCGAGACCUCACCAACCUCGUCCACCCGCCCCUCCAGCGAGCAUCGCAACAGUUUGAAACUGCGACUAUCCGAGCUGGGCCCACCCGAGUUCAACUUGACCAGAAACGCAGGUCACACUCCCAUGGCCAAAAUUGAUCGCGAUAUUGACACGGAGCAACCAUCUCCGCAGGAGGCUCCAGAUGAGCCCAGCCCCCUUGCUCCGGCAGCGCCUCGGCAACCUGCAGAAAAAUCCGAUUCGUACUUUGCAGACUUGCCGGAGGACCCAGCCCUGAAGGGGCCCCUCUCUUUGUUGAACGAGGAGGAACACGAUAGUGGCUUUCUUAAGGAGCUUGACCAAAAGCUUCUGGACCAGGUCAAGCAGGUCCUUGGCCACCACCGCAGGGGCUCUGCGGAAGAGGAAGCUGAUGAGGCUGAGCCCCCCAGCCAGGGUGAGACCGAAGAGCCUGAAUUGAGAUUCAAGAAAACGACCAAUUUUGGAACGGCUUUUGGAAACUCGGGCUGCGGAAAAGUAUAAGGCUCGCUGGGCUGAUGCCGGGACUGUGUUCCGGUAUAGGCUUAAAGCCACUUACCAUCUAUGGUGUUAUAUGGGUGAAUUUGGUUUUUGAUGGGAUACUAUGACUGAUGACUCCUGACGAUGCUGCUCUAUUCUUUUUGCAUAUGCAUCGACUACCAUGUGUAACUACUAAAUCAACUCUAUUGUAUCGGUGCCUCACUCCAUCUUGACUCUGGGUCGAUCUGUUGGCCGAGCAGUAGCAAUGACUCUGCAUCCCCUUGCAUUAACUCCGGCCCGAUUGGGCCAAUAUCCCCGUGUUUUCUCCUUGACCCCCUUCG